UCUUUCCUCCGCGCUCCCCAGCGCCGCUUCCAGUCCUCCAAGGUCGAGGAGGCCAACCUCGACAAGGCUCCCAAGCGUGACCCCGAGCUCUACGUCCUCCUCGGUGUCAUGUCUGGUGCUUUCCUGCUUGCUGGAUGGUAAAUUCCCACAAACCUUCCACCUUUCCUACCUCACACGAUUCGCGUUCAAAAAUUGCCCCGAAGGACCCUCUCAACACGUCGCAAUUCACUUGUCAUCCUUCCCUCAGAUAUCUUUUGGGGGCAAAUCAAUUGCAAAAUUUCUCCCCAAAUUGGCUAACGGACUGCGAUUCUCGAACCAUUUACAGGUACUUCGGCCGCAAGCCCACUUCCGUUACCUCCGAGAGCAACGUCCGCAUCGGCGAGAGUGCCAUGCCCUGGGAGCAGGCCGAUUCCGAGGGCAAGGUCUACAAGUACCAGUACCACCCCCACGGUGACAAGAGCCAGCCCCUGCGCAACGCUCCCAGUGCCUUGAACACUGUCAUCGUCCCCAACGUCACUCUGCCCGCGGACCUCCACGAGCGCUUCAACAAGUACGGCAAGGAGGAGUGGGACUACUAAGUGUGUCCGCCUCGUGUCGUCGGAAGGGGUUCGAAUUGGGGUCGAAGUUGAAGUUGAGGAACAUCGGUGCUGACCGCUGUACACUAAAACUUGUGUGAAGAUGUGAAGAUUAGACGUGUGGGAAAGACUACGACGGGGGUGUGGAUGAGGAAGACGGUGCCGACAACAGCUUUGUGCAUAGUUUGUUUUGACGAGGUUCUAUUUGGAAGACUUAUCGUUUUUGUUCUCUUUUUUCUUAUUUACAAUUAUCUUCUCGUAGAGGUAAAUGCCAGUCCAGUGUGG